AUUUUCUUUCUUUCUUUUCUUUUCUUUUAAAUAACCCCACUCUUUUUUGUAUUAUAAUGGCUCUUCGUCUUUUGUCUGCAAGUGUAUUCCGUCCUUAUACUCCUGUGAUUCGUAAUAGCGCUUCUUUGGCUGCUAUUCGCGCUUAUGCCACCAAGAAAUAUACCGCUGAACAUGAAUGGAUCUCUGUUGAAAAUGGUGUUGGUACCAUUGGUAUUACUGACCACGCGCAAAGUGCCUUGGGUGACGUUGUAUUUGUAGAAACUCCUGCUGUUGGUGACAAUGUCGAGAAGAAUGAUGCUAUUGGUGCUGUUGAAUCCGUCAAGGCUGCUAGUGAUGUCUGUUCUCCUGUAUCUGGUGAAGUCAUUGAUGUCAAUGGAGCUUUGGGUGAUGAUCCCACUUUGAUCAAUGCUAGCCCUGAAGAAGAAGGUUGGAUGGCCAAGAUCAAGAUUUCCAAUCCUGAAGAAUUGGAUACUUUGAUGGAUGCAACUGCUUAUGCUGCUCAUUGUGAUGCUGAAGAACAUUAGAGUAGAUUAUCUCACUAGAAAUAGAUUAUUUCCUUUUUACAUUUUAUAUAUUUAUAUAUAUCCUUUUUCUAUUUGAUGGUAAAUAGUCCUAGAAUUCAAUCAAUACAAUAAUAAAAAGUACAAUUUAUUUUUAUCAAAAAGAAAUGAAAA